CCGAUUGGUAGCAUUAGCAGGCUGGCAAUGUGUGCAAUUGUGGUCAUGGCUGUUUGACAAAACAUUCGAAGAAAUAAUAAUUAAUGUAGCAGUCGAUUAUCGGAUGUAUCAUGUCGUAUUCGUUGACAGUGUAACAACAUUGUUCCGACACAGAUCCACGGGUGGUUUGGUCGUAGAAGAACGAACGGAAAGUUUCUUCGGUCUACAGAUUACGUUCAGGAAGGAAGUACGGGGUGUAAGGUGCGGUGAGUGCAAGCUCGCGAAACAUUCGUCCGUGAUCUUGUCGAAAGAGCGUCGUUUCUAACGACUAUCGACGAUCGAUUACGCAAGAUGACCAUUCUUACGAAGAAGAAGACAAACGCCUCGAAGGAUAGACGAGAAGGAGGCAGCACUUCCGAAGUCGAUGUUCAUGGGGUGCAAAACGAGCAUGGCUCUGGAUCUAUCGCGUUACCGAACAGCCCAUAUCAGGUACGUGCGUCAAACGGUUUUGCGGUCGAUCUUCACGGAGUUCAGAGCGAUCAUGGAUCUGGUUCUAUAGUGCUUACGGGUAGUUCAUACGAGACAAGCGUCGAUCGAAGAGAAGACAAACAUUUCGAAGAAGGCAGCGGACCGAGCCAUGGGAAACGUCAUAGGCGAAGAGCGAGUCCGCACAGCGGUUGCAUCGGAAGAAACUCGCGUUCUAAGCGUGAAAGAGAAAGGGAUAGGGGUAGAGAGAGAGAGAGAGAAAGGGAAAGGGAACGAGAGAGACAGGCUACACCUCCUACGGCAUCUUGCAGCGGUCUACAAGCCACAGAUGCCAGCGUGAUAACUAACAAUCGAAUGGCUAUCGGUGGAGCUGCUGCAAAUUUAGAACAUGAAGUAGCCAAUGGUUACAAUAGCGGAGAUGAAUACACUGGCAGAACUGGAAACAAUCUUACUUUGGCCGAAUGGCAGGAGCGGGACAGGUGGUUCGAGAAACGAAUGCGUAAGAUGGGCUUUAUUGUUAAGAAAAUGGGCGAAGACGGAGCGUGUCUAUUCCGAGCUGUUGCGGAUCAAGUAUACGGCGACCAGGAAAUGCAUGGGGUAGUACGGAAACAUUGUAUGGAUUAUAUCGCUUCCAAUCAAGAGUUUUUCUCGCAUUUUGUAGCGGAAGAUUUUAGCACGUAUGUAGAUAGAAAACGACAAGAAUACGUUCAUGGGAACCACAUAGAAAUGCAGGCAAUGUCUGAGAUGUAUAAUCGCAGCAUACAGUUGUAUUGCUACAGCACCGAACCUAUCAAUAUCUUCCAUACAAUGGUUGAAAGCGAUAACGAACCCAUACGAUUGUCUUAUCAACGCGGUAGUCAUUAUAAUAGCAUAGUAGACCCGUAUAAGGCUACCGUUGGUGUUGGACUUGGCCUACCAUCGUAUAAUCCCGGUGCCGCGGAUCGACAGCUUAUAUCGGAUGCAGUUCGUCAAAGCGAAGAAUUGCAUAUCGAACAGACGAUGCUCGAAGAUAAAAUAAAAGCAACCGACUGGGAAGCAACGAACGAAGCCAUAGAGGAGCAAGUAGCUAGGGAAAGUUACUUGCAAUGGUUGAGGGAUAACGAAAUGCGCAAAGCGCGAUCAGCUAGUAGUAGCAGUACAAGUACGGUGACAAGCGCGCAACACAGUCAUACGCAUUUCCACACUCAUGGAAGUCGUGGCCAACAACGUAGCCAUACUUCCUCUCCAACCACGACUCAAACUAGCCAAGACACUAUACGCAACUCUCCGAAGGUGAACGAUGCGGUAAGAUAUAACAAAAGAUCGCCUCAGCAUCAGUCGGCUCAAGGAUCAGCUAUAUCUCACCUUACCUCGGACUUUGAACAGAAAAUCUCGCAAGAACCCGUGCCAGGCAGCAGUAAAGAAGCUCACGCUUCACCAGACAUCUCGUUGUUUAAUCGUCUUCCUCCCGAGGUAUUCGGUUUGACCGAUUGGGAAGAUAGUCAUGUACUGUCACAAGUACUGGCGACAUCGCAACAAGAAUACCUGGACAGCUUAAAACAAUCUCGGAACUCGGCAUCUUCCGGAAACGAUACUACCAACACAUUAGAUUCUAGUAGCAGUUAAUUCUGAAAACCCUUGUCGACAAAGUUGAAACGAAUACCGAAGCAAAAUAUGUGCAUUUGUAUGCAGCGUUUUUCAUAGGAUGAUGUGAUAUAUCCGAAAAAUCUGAAAAAUCAGGUAGUUCGAAAUAAAAAAUGAAGCAAUUCAUAGAGUCGCUACACAAUUAAAUACUAGAUAAAAUCACCGACGAUUCAGCCGAAUGCAUGCCUAAUAAACUUAAUUAUUUACCACAGAUCGUAACAUAAUGGUAACUUCAAAUCCCGGUAUCGCGCAUAUAUUGAAUUCAAUUCGGUCUCGAUUUUAUCGCGCAGAUGCCAAAUGGGCGAUUCAAUCGAAAUAUUUAAUAUUCAAUAUUUUCUUCUGUUAGCGUAAACAGUUAUCAACAGGUAUCGAAAAAGUUUAUUACGGAAGCAUCUCUAAUUGAUAAAUGACUAUAAAUUCAGCCUUAGUAAUACACGAUAUUGUAAACUGCAGUAAACCUAUAUAAGCGUCGAGAAUCGUUUUAUCUUUAUUUAAGGCUUUUCUCGUUCGAUAAACGCAGUGCAUCUUAUGGGACACACUGUAUAUAUCGCGGUAUCAUCUAAUUCUGAAUUGCACUAGGGUAUAAGGUGGUUUGCUUUUUUCAUUGGUGUAAGUGUUGCGCAGUGAGCAUACUCAUCGUUCAGUUCGAUUUCGGAAUUGUAGUUCGGUCAGUGUAUGCACGGGUACUUUAAAAUGUAUGCAUACAUCGUCCCGCUGCACCUUUCAAGUACCAGAGUAGAUCGAGAACGAUUUGUUUUUAUUCGCAUUAUUUUACGAUUAAUUGCUAACGAAAAUCAACUAACGGAAGCUGUUCUCUUUAUCUUCUCUUAUCGUGCCGGAUGUUGUUCGCCAAUACUCUAGAUCCUCUGGGUAUAAUGAGCCGCGCUAUUGUGACUUUUCCUUUUCGUGGUACGAUACGAUACGUCUAAACGCUUUAGAAACAUCAUUAUUGCGUUAUUUGUACAACACGACAAAUAAAACUACUACGUCACGUAA